UUUCUUCUUUUCCAAGGGUAUCUUCGGUUCUUUCUGUUACACGAAAGUAUCUAUUGCUUCAUCAGCUCCAAGAACAUCUCUUGCUCUCUCUCUCUCUCUCUCUCUCUCUCUCUCUCUCUCUGUAGAUAAGAAGAAACAGUCCAUGGCUGCCAACAAGUUUGCAACGAUGCUACACAGAAAUACCCACAAAAUCAUAGUAAUUCUCGCAUACGCAGUGCUGGAGUGGAUCCUAAUAUGCCUCCUCCUCAUGAACUCACUCUUCUCUUUCCUUGUCUCCAAGUUCGCUAUCUACUUCGGACUCAAACCGCCCUGCCUAUGGUGUUCAAGAGUUGAUCAUAUGUUGGAGCCUGAGAAAAGGAGAAGUUCCUACAGAGAUCUUGUCUGUGAGGCACAUGCCACUGAAAUAUCCAAGCUAUGUUACUGCUCCAAUCACCACAAACUGGCUGAUCCUCACUACUUGUGCAAGGAUUGCUUGUUCGCCGGGCCGAAACAUGACGAUCCAGCCAUUGAAAUCUCGAGAAGGAUUGCUUUCUUCACCUGGGUGAGCGAGAGCAGGAUUGGAAAUGGUGAGGGCGAUUCGAAAUGUUCGUGUUGUGAUGAGAGCUUGAGCAGCAAACUCUACCCUUCUCUUUUGCUGUUUAAGCCCUCUUGGAAGGGAGAAUUGGCUGCAGAAGCAAUGGAUGAUGAUAAUAAUGAAUGCGAGUUCUCGGUCACAAGUAAGUCUGAUUGUUCUACGGAUCACUGCAGCAAUAAUCAGGAAAUCGAACGAACGAAACAAGAAGAAGAGGAAGGAGAUGAACAUCAGAUACUUUCUGAUGUUGAUGGUUUGAGCUCCAAACCAGAAGCUGAGGAGGAUUCUUCAAGGUCAGGCUCAGACUUCCAGCGUUGCACAAGAAAUGGAAAUGGAAAUGGAGAAGAUGAAUCAUUUGGCAUCAUGAAUCUGAUCGUAACGUCUAGCUCAUGUAGUGAUAUUGAUCGCUUAAUACCGGUUGCCUUGAUUGAUUCUUCAACUAUGGAAAGCCGAAUUUCAAAUCCAAUUGGGAAGGAAGAACAGCCUCUGCAAAAGCAUAAUCACCAUCAAAAUAGAAAUUCAGAUUCUGAGCCACGGAUUGAUGAAUUUUCUGAAACAGAGGCAGGUUCAGAUGUAGUGAGUCAGGUUGCAGAGAAAAUAAAGAGUGAGCUUGUGAACUCAUCGAUUCUAGUGGCUGAACCAGGCAUACAAGAUUUAGAGGCGGGGACACGUCAACUUCUCGCCAUUACUGAUGGCAAUGUUGAAGCAGAAGCCAUGAAAGAACUAGAAGCAGAAGGUCAGGAAGACGAUGAUUGCCAUUUUUCAGGCGUUGAAGCCAAAUCUGAGAACUUAGCAGGAAUGCCUAAUCAGAAAAGAGAAACUGGAGCAGAGGAGUCUUGGGAUGGGAGUGUUAUCAGUGAGAUGGAGGGUGCUGAUGGGGCUCUCACCAUCGACAAGCUGCAAGCUGCGCUAAGAGCUGAACGAAAGGCGCUAAGCGCUUUAUAUGCAGAGUUGGAGGAAGAGAGGAGCGCGGCUGCAAUAGCAGCCAACCAGUCAAUGGCCAUGAUAACCAGACUUCAAGAAGAGAAGGCGGCGAUGAAGAUGGAAGCACUGCAAUACCAGAGGAUGAUGGAAGAACAGUCAGAGUAUGACCAGGAGGCAUUGCAGCUUCUAAAUGAGCUGAUGACAAAGAGGGAGAAGGAGAAGCAGGAUCUCGAGAAGGAGCUGGAACUGUAUCGCAGAAAGGUUGUCGGUUGUGAAGCAAAAGAGAAGCUGACGAGAAGGAAAGAAGGGAGUCUAAGUAGUAGAAACUCCUCUGCUUGCGGGAAUGCUGAGGAGGUUGAUCAGCUAUCGAUCUAUCUUAAUUGCGAGACGAGGAAUGAAGAUGGUAGCUUUUACGAGCAUCAGGAAGGGAGCAAUAUCAGUAGUCCUGCCGAUGCAGAGCUAAGUUUCGAGGAAAUGGGGCUGGAUUCUGUGAAACAUUUGAGUGCACUUGAUGAAUCAUUGGCAGAAUUUGAGGAAGAGAGACUGUCGAUUCUGGAGGAGCUCAAGGUACUGGAGGCGAAGCUUUUUGCAAUGGCUGCUGACGAGCAACAUUCCUUUGAAGAUGUCAAGGAAUAUAGUAGUGAAAAUGGGGAUUCAAACGGGCUCUUUUGGAAUUCAGAUGGAGAACCAUGUCCCGAGAGCAACACAAUGCAUCUCAAGGCAAAGAAGCUCCUUCCUCUCUUCGACGAAACUGAGAGCUUGAAUCAUGAGCAACAGACCGAAUCUGAUCCCAGCUGCAGGAUUCAGAACUCGUUGUCCAAGCUUCAACCGGAGAGCAAGAAACUUGCCGUCGAAGAGGAAGUAUAUCAUGUGUAUGACAGGCUGCAAGCACUCGAAACCGAUAGGGACUUCUUAAAGCACUGCAUCAGCUCCAUAAAGAAAGGAGACAAAGGAAUCGAUCUUCUGCAAGAAAUCUUGCAGCAUCUUCGCGAUUUAAGGACCGUGGAGGACCGAGCAAGAAACAUAUGCGAUAGUCCUCUGGCAUGAUCUCGAGCCUGGGCCUGCCCUUGCCACCAUGAAUGUGAAGCCAAUCCAGAGGUAAACAACAACAACAAUAUAUAUAUAUAUAUAUAUAUAUCCUUUUCUUUCUACAUUGUGUUCUGCUGCCUGCUCUUGUUAAGGAAUUGGAGUCCAUUGUUCCGUCUUGAUCUUACUCUUCCACAGUUGCAGUUGAUUUUGACAAAUCCAGAUUGCUCUCUCUGUCAGUCUAAAGUAGAAAGAGAUGUCCUGCCAGUUCAUUAAUAACUACUACCAGUUGAAUGCCAACAAAUUUUGCAGUUCUGUUUGACGGAGGAUAUUGCUUUGCUGUAUUCCUUUCCUUUCGGAAUUGAAGACUGAAACAGUUUUGGGCCUUCAAGUUCAAGUAAUCCAUCCAAGUUUUUGAAGAUUGUACUUACUGAUUUGUAAAGAUGAUGACUUAAGUUGUAUGGAUUUUGUCUCUCUCAAAGAUGGGAACCAUGUGACAGUGGAUUGUGCCUGCCAACAAUCUUUGCAUAAAAUGCGUCCCAACUGCCAACAACUGCCUAAACCAUUUUUAUUUUCGAAAAACAAACAAGAGAACAAAACAAAACAAGAGGAUGGCGCCAAGCCGCCUUCUUUUCGGGGGGAUUUUGAAACUUUUAGGCACCAACCCAACACAAAAAAAGAAAAAAGAAAAAAAAAAAUCUCAUGCAUGUCUCGGGCACAAAUUGUCUUCAACUUCAACUUGGAGAUUUAAAAUCUUUAUUAUCCGAGACCGAGACGUCGAAAAUCUUCUGAAGGUCCCAAGUGAAACAUUCAUUUCAAAGUAGUAAAAUUGGGUUACUUUUUAGAUGAUAAUCCACGGGCAGCCGCCGAAACCCAAGGCCAUAGUCUUGGGUUAAUGAAAAAUAAAACUAAAAUAACAUCAUAUCUAGAUCUGAGAAGGAAGAGAGACGAUCGGCCCCAAGAUGGGGAGAAUCACUAAAACGGGCA